UGAAUCAUUUCACUUACCAGAACCUCUCCCCUUUUCACGCGCAAGAAAUCGCAUCCAAACCCUUAAAGAAAUCCGCCGCAGCUGUUUAACACCGUAAUCGGCACCAUUCAAGCCUUUCUCAAGUUUAAACUAAGCCAUUCAUUAUCUAUUUUCUAAAUAUACAAAGAAAAUCACCAAAAACAGUUCUCACCACAGACAAAGCAAACUAGAAUAACUCUAUAAUACCUUGGCUCCGUCACCGAAUACCGCCUUCGCCUGCCGUCUAAUCAGCCACCGGUUUUGACUCGCGGCUUGUCCUCAACUUUGAUGGCUUCCCCACUAUCCGGAUUUUGACUAGUGCUUUGGUUUUCAAAGAUCGGUGCUGUUUUAAUUAUUGACUGAGAUAAACAAACCCUAGACUGGUCGAAUCAGCUAAGCCAACCGCAAGCCGAGAUGUCGUCGACUCUACUCGAGGUGACUCGGGCUGCUCAUGAAGAUGUGGAACAGCUUGAGCGGCUCAUGGUGAAGGACCUGCAAAAUGAUCCGCCUACUGCCAAAGAUAAAUUGUACCAGAGCCACCGCGUCCGCAAUAAUAUUGACACCAUCAUCUCCACCACUGAGAAGCUAAUUGAGAUAUACGAAGAUAAAGACAAUGCUAGGAAAGAUGAAAUUGCUGCUCUUGGAGGUCAAACGGCUACUGGAAUUAAUGUCUUUAGUGCAUUUUAUGAUAGAUUGAAGGAGAUUCGUGAGUACCAUAGAAAGCACCCAGCUGCUCGACUUGUCAAUGUUAAUGAAGAGGAUGAGGCUUUACUUAAGGAAGAACCAGUUAUUGAGUUCAGUGGCGAGGAAGCCUUUGGUCGGUACCUGGACCUGCACGAAUUGUUCAAUCAGUACAUUAAUUCUAAAUUUGGAUCCAAAAUUGAAUACUCAGCUUACCUCGACGUCUUUUCACAGCCGCACAAUAUCCCUUGGAAAUUGAAGUCAACAAGGCAAUUCAGGGAGUACAUGGAGAAUUUGCUGGAGUAUCUUAUUUACUUCUUUCAGAGGACUGAACCACUGCAAGAUCUUGACAGAAUCUUUUCCAAGGUUGAGGCUGAGUUUGAGGAGCAGUGGGCUAAUGGCCAGGUACAAGGAUGGGAAAAGCAAGGUCAAGAAAAUGAAGAUGAUCCUGCGCAACAUACCAUGAUUGACCUUGAUUAUUACAGUACAGUUGAAGAGCUUAUGGAAGUGGGUCCAGAAAAGUUAAAGGAGGCUUUGGCAUCAUUAGGACUAAAAACUGGUGGUACUGUCCAGCAGCGUGCAGAGAGGCUUUUCCUAACCAAGCACACCCCUCUGGAAAAGCUGGACAAAAAACAUUUUGCAAAAGGCUCACACGGACCUCGACAAAAUGGGUCUACUGCAGUUUCACAAGACAUUAACAGUCUGAAACAUAUUGCAUUGAUGGAGGCCAAGAUGAAGAAACUCUCUGAUUUACUGAGUAAGACAAUUGAACAAACAAAAGAAAAUGUGGUAAAGAAGCAAGCAUUGACGUAUGAGGAAAUGGAACAAGAACGUGAGGAGGAAGAGACACAAGUUGACACGGAAAGUGAUGAUGAAGAUCAACAGAUCUAUAAUCCUCUUAAAUUGCCAAUGGGUUGGGAUGGCAAGCCUAUACCUUACUGGCUUUACAAACUUCAUGGUCUUGGUCAGGAGUUUAAGUGUGAGAUUUGUGGGAACUACAGCUACUGGGGCCGUCGGGCUUUUGAGAGGCAUUUCAAAGAAUGGCGGCAUCAGCAUGGCAUGCGAUGCCUUGGUAUUCCUAACACCAAGAACUUUAAUGAAAUCACCAAUAUUCAGGAAGCACAAGAAUUGUGGGAGAAGAUACGAGAACGGCAAGGAGUGAACAAGUGGCGUCCAGAUCUUGAAGAAGAAUACGAAGAUAAAGAGGGCAACAUUUAUAACAAGAAGACGUAUACCGAUCUGCAGCGGCAGGGACUGAUUUAAAGACGCUUGUGUUGAGAGUUAGGAGUUUCCCAUGCCUCGGGACAUGGUUCUUAAUUUUGUUACCUGUUAACCUUGAUCAUCAUGUAUGUAUGAUUAAUGCUUUUGUGGCAACCCUGAGGGAUAGAGGUUAGAAGAGUUUGUGAGACAGUUGUCUGAAUUUGUAGCUCAACAAAACUAAUUACUUAGUUCAAGGUAACAGUUAAACCCGGGAAAA